UCCACAUGUUACUGGUAUAUCAAUUCGGCAGUCGACAAGGUAUUUUCAAACGGUAAACAUAUGCACGCAAUCCGAAUUCCCAUCGGAAGAGCUACUUAAAAGUUUAAACCAUCGAAAACUCAGCUGGGAAGGCGCCAAUUAUCGCGGGAAUUACACAUUUGAUUUCUCAAAAUGAGUUCGGUGCGACCCUUAAAACCCGCCCUGCUUACCAUAGCCAUCCAGGAGUUGAACGAGAUACCCCAACAGGUGCCCCAGGAUAUUGAGGCUCUUAGGGAGUGGGUUCUUAAGCAACCACAUCUGAGGGCCUGCACCAACGACCAGUUCCUCCUCGCCUUCCUGCGCGGCACCAAGUUCAGUUUGGAACGGGCCAAGGAGAAGUUCGAUCGGUUCUACACGCUGCAGAGGUCUAUUCCAGAGGUGUUCAACGAACGCCGCUUGGCAACCGAUCCCCAGGUGCUGGACAUCAUAAGAAUGGGAGUUCUUCUUCAAAUUCCCAUGGAUGCGGACGAUCCGGGACCUCGUGUGACUAUUAUUCGAGCUGGAUUCUACGACACGAGCAAGUACAAGUUCCAGGACAUCAUUCGCGUUGGUUCCAUGUUCGGUGAGAUCAUGAUGUUCGAGGACGACAAUGCCACCGUCAGCGGAUAUGUGGAGAUUAUGGACAUGAGUGGCGUAACUGGUGCCCACCUCUUUGCUCUCCAGCCGCAGUUGCUGAGCAAGUUUUCCACCUACGCGGAUGAAGCUAUGCCAACCCGCCAGAAGGGAAUACACUUCAUCAAUGUGCCAGCGGCCUUCGAAACGGGAUUCAAUACGUUGCGUUCCUUCUUUCCGGCCAAAAUCAAGAAUCGGAUCUCAGUGAGCUCUGAUCCGGCGGCUAUAUUUGAUAUAGUACGAAGCGAGUAUCUGCCCAAGGAGUACAAAGGAACUGGGGGCAGCAUUCAGGAUAUAAGUCGAGCUAUGGAAGCAAAACUGUCUAGUUAUGCACCUUACUUUCAAGAAUCACAGAAUUUUGGAGCUGAUGACAAGUUGCGUGAAUUUGGGGAUCAUAUGCCCAAGGACCAUCGCUCAUCCUUCGGAGCUGUGGGGUCAUUUCGAAAACUGGAAAUCGACUGAAACCC